AUGCGUCUACGUGCGUGGUGGGAGAAGAGGUGGCAGGAGUUGGAGAAUGCGGAGGAGGAGGAGGAGGAGGAGGAGGAGAGGAGGACGCAUGGUGCUACUCAAAUCAGAUGCCGAAACCGAAGAGACCAUUCCAAACGCGACAACGAACGAAGACGCUUCGAUGACACCUAUUUCACUGAUGCUGAAUUCAUCAACAAAUUUGUUCAAAGGACGUGUGCCACACUGGUGACGGUGGCAUGA